ACUUGGACAUCUGUGAACAAAAACAUCGACACGCUGACAGGUCAUGAAGUCAUGCAGGUGGAGAGGAAAUGGCACAUACUAUUGACUAUCUUCUUUCUGCUCAUCACCUCGGGCCAGUGCAUGGACAGCAAAGAGGUUAAGCAGAAAGAGAGAAGAACCCUGUUGGAUCUAAUCUUACAGGUUAUCAGAGACAGCCAGCAACAGGACAAAGCCGUUUCCAGGCGCUGUAGCAGUGGACUCUUCACUUCAGCACAAGACAUGAAGCUCUCCUCUCGUGAAAAGCCUUUCUAUGUUCCUAGGCUGGAUAACAGUAGACUCAUAGAAAUUGUCCCUCGAGAUGUAAACAUGAAAGGCAAAUUCAUUCAGCAUUUCACAGGACCAGUCAAGUUCUCGUCGGAAUGCAGAACACACUUUCAUAGACUUUAUCACAACACAAGGGACUGCUCAAGACCAGCAUAUUACAAAAGAUGUGCAAGAAUGCUAACAAGAUUAGCAAUGAGUCCACUCUGCAUGCAGUCGUAG